GUCUGCAGUCUGCAGUUUGGCUUGGGAUUUCUGUUGCGCAUUUGGAGCGCUUCGAAGUUGGCGCUUGGAUCUCGGCAAGGCGAGAGUUUCGUACGCGCGAUCGCCAUUUCGCUUCUCAGUUUUUCCCAAAAAUUUCCCCCAGACCGAUAUCAGAAAUCGAAGCUCGGGUCGCGAGUGCCAUCUAAUACGAAAUAUCCAUCGAAUAUAUCGACCGGACUUGGAAUACGGGCAAGAGCUUGGAAGAGCGAGGAACUACUUGACAAGAAACACGGAAGUGAAUUCAAAGUUUAUGCAAUACAUCGUAAUUGUUAAGCCAGAGUGCAAGUGUUAAACGAAAAAUUAGUUAAGGAGACAGGGAAUAUAGUUCUUCUAUAGGAAAUUCUUUAAAGAAAUUCCAAUACUAUUUAAUAAAUGGGUUCUAUAAAUGUCCGCUUUUCCUUUAAGAAAUGUUUCUUUAAUUAUUAAAAUUAGUUCAGUAAUUUUUAUUCCCCAGAUUUAGUUUUCUUAAAUCUCUCUUACCAUUUAAAUCACAGCUAUCACAGAGUAGAAUCUUAAGACUUUCUCCCUAAAGACUGCAUAGUAUCAAGCUGAAAGGUCUCUGUUUGAAUUCCCCAUUAAGUGCCAAACGGAUUAAAUUAGAAUUGCAAGGAUUCCCCACAAAGAUGCUGAUCCGGCGCCACUACGGGUUGCCAACAUCGAUUUCCGCUCCCAGGACGAUGAUGGAUGGACCGAUCCGUCUUGCAACCGAUCCGAUCCGAGCAACAUGGAUGUAUACCAAUUAGAGCUGGAGGCACAGGCACAAAUCCGCUCCAAUCUUCUGGUCGAAAGCUGUGCGAAGCACGCGGUGGAGGAGCAUCAGCUGCAAGUCAAGGAGCAGGACCACCUCAUCAAGGACUUUGACGAGGGCAACCCGAGCGAGGGGGAGGACGACGAGGACGAGAACGACAGCGAGGACGAGGAGGAGGAGGAGGAGGAAGAGGAAGACGAGGACGAGGAAGGAGCAGAGGGGGAAGGACACAUAGACGAGGACGAAGAGCCGGAGGAGGAAGGAGCAUUGCUGGCAGGAGUCAAUUUCAAUGCAAAUUCGGACUUUAAUUUGCAUUUCUUUGACACACCGGAGGACUCGUCCACACAAGGUGCCUACAGCGAGGCCAAUAGCUUGGAUUCCGACCAGGAAGAGCCAGACCUGCCCCAGCACAAGUUGCAACAGGCGCAGCAACAGCAACAGCACCAGCAGCAGCAUCAUCAGCGGGAGUUGCAGGAUUGUUUGAGUGCCAUUGAAGCAGAUCCCCUGCAGUUGCUGCACUGCGACGAUUUUUACACAGCCCCAGUGGAAAACGUAGCUGCCCCCCUUGCCCCAACGCAGCAGCAGCAUCAGCAACAGCAACACACCCACCAGCAACAUCAACAGGCCCAGCAGCAACAGCAACAUCAUCGUCAGCAGCAACAACAUCACCCACAGGCCCAGCAACAUCAGCAACUGAACUGCACGCUGAGCAAUGGUGGAGGUGCUCUGUACACCAUCAGCAGUGUGCAUCAGUUUGGUCCGGCCAGUAACAACAACAGCUCCUCACCCACCUCCUCCUCCGCCUCCAGCGGCGCCCACGCCUCGCCGGAUAGUGGUUGCUCCUCGGGUGCCUCGUCCGUCUCAUCAUCGGAGCAUUUUGGCCGCUCAACAGCAGUUGUCAAUGUCAGCGGCCAGGCUCAUUCAUCCUCGUCAGCGGUUACCAGCAGCAGCAGCAACAACAACAACAACAAUAGCAACAGCAACAUCAGCAAUUGCAACUCCAACCCCGCAGCAACAUCUUCAUCUGUUGCGCAUCUGAACAAAGAGCAACAGCAGCAACAGCCACAGCAGACCACGCAGCAGCAACAGCAGCAGCAGUCGCAGCAACAUCAACAAUUGCAACACCCGCAGCAGCAAUCGUUUGGCCUAUCUGACUCCAGCAACAACAACUCCAGUAGCAAUAGUAACAGCAACAGCAGCAACAACAACGGUGUCUCCUCGAAGUCUUUUGUGCCCUGCAAAGUUUGUGGCGACAAGGCAUCGGGCUACCAUUAUGGUGUAACCUCCUGCGAGGGUUGUAAGGGUUUCUUUCGUCGCAGCAUCCAGAAGCAGAUAGAGUACCGGUGCCUGAGAGACGGCAAGUGCCUCGUCAUCCGGCUGAACCGCAAUCGGUGCCAGUACUGCCGCUUCAAGAAAUGCCUUUCCGCUGGCAUGAGCCGCGACUCUGUACGUUAUGGUCGUGUUCCGAAGCGUUCCCGUGAGCUGAACGGAGCAGCCUCCUCCUCGUCGUCCUCCUCAGCGGUGGGCGUGCCUCUAAAUGUGGAUGAUACAUCGGCGCAUAGCCUGCAUCAGACUCAGCUACAACAGCAACAUCACUUGCAACAACAGCAACAGCAGCAGCAACAACAACAGCAGCAGCAGCAAUCGCAUGCUAGCAGCAUAAGGGUUAAGACACCAAGUACACCACAAACGCCACAAAUGUGUUCGAUCGCCUCCUCGCCAUCGGAGCUGGGCGGUUGCAACAGUGCCAACAACAACAGCGUCAACAACAACACCACCGGCAGCUCGAAUGCCAGCGGCGGCAGUGUGGGCGGCGUAAGCGUGGGCGUGGUCGUUGUCGGGGGACAUCAGCAGCUGGUGGGGAACAGUAUGGUGGGCUCCGACCAAGUGGGCAUGUGCCACGACGGCCUGGCCGGCACCGCCAACGAGCUGACCGUCUACGAUGUCAUCAUGUGCGUAUCGCAGGCGCAUCGCCUCAACUGCUCCUACACCGAGGAGCUGACCCGGGAACUGAUGCGACGCCCAGUGACAGUGCCACAGAAUGGGAUCGCCACCACUGUGGCCGAGAGUCUCGAGUUCCAAAAGAUCUGGCUGUGGCAGCAAUUCUCGGCCAGAGUUACGCCCGGCGUUCAGCGGAUUGUGGAGUUUGCGAAACGCGUACCUGGCUUCUGUGAUUUCACCCAAGACGACCAGCUCAUUCUCAUCAAGCUGGGCUUCUUCGAGGUCUGGCUGACCCAUGUGGCACGCCUGAUAAACGAGGCGACUCUCACACUAGACGAUGGAGCCUAUCUGACGUGCCAGCAACUGGAGAUACUAUACGAUUCUGACUUUGUCAACGCCUUGCUGAACUUUGCCAACACACUGAACGCCUACGGGCUGAGUGACACCGAGAUUGGACUCUUCUCGGCCAUGGUGCUCCUGGCCUCCGACAGGGCCGGACUGAGCGAGCCCAAGGUGAUCGGCCGGGCCAGGGAGCUGGUGGCGGAGGCGCUACGCGUUCAAAUCCUGCGCUCCCGGGCGGGAUCACCCCAGGCCCUGCAACUGAUGCCGGCGCUGGAGGCCAAGAUACCGGAGCUUCGGUCCCUGGGGGCCAAGCACUUCUCACACCUAGACUGGCUGCGGAUGAACUGGACCAAGCUGCGCCUGCCGCCCCUCUUCGCCGAGAUCUUCGACAUCCCGAAGGCCGACGACGAGCUGUAAGCCCGCGAAGGGAUCGAAAUCAGAAAUGGAACUGCUGGAGGAUGGAGGAUGGUGGUGCUCCGGAGAUUCCAAAGGGCCGUGCAAAGCAACCGCAACAAAAAUAUUCUACCACUUGUAGGCUUAAGCAACGUAGCAUUAGCGGAGACAGAGGAGAGAGAGGAGAUAGGAGGUCAGGAGAUCAGAUACACGUCUACUCAGCAUUAAAUGGAAUAGUUCACUAAGCCCAAUUUGCAUAUUUGCAUACCUAGCAGUGUUAGAGCGUUCCGAACUCCCCGCUGAACAUAUCCAUGCGCAACAUAAAUUAUUUAUUUCAUUGUUGACUCAUCAAGCUCCACCAAAACCAUCCAUACCAUCUACUAUGUGCAUCAGGCAUCACACCCACCAUCACCAUCACCAUCACCAACUCAUCAUCACCCGGAAAUUUCGAAAAUGGGAAUCACUUUCACCAAGGCAUCUAUUCAGAACUCGACUGAAGAGCGAGCGUUAAAGUUCGAUAAAUACUGGUUUUUUAAAUAUUAUAAUAUUAAAUACUAAAAGUAUAAACGAUAUCGGAUAUAUGUGUAUGUUACACCUAGAGAUACGGACCCUAGCAUAGUCGAAAAGCAAAAAGACCCAUUUCGUUUGCUUGCAAAAAUUGGAUAUAUCCUGCCUAGUUUAAAUCCUUUCAAAUUGAAGAUCGAUGCGUUUAUUGUAUCUGCGUGUAAAUAAAUUUAAAUUAAUUUUUAACAUUAAAUCGCUGCGACUUGAUUAUUUUUUAGUCCCCCGAAACCCUCCACUGUCCUUAAGAACGCUGCGGAGGAUUCUCUCCGGCAGCGACCUCCAUUCAAAGUGUUCAGUUUCUCGCUUAAGAUUAGACUUUCGACAUCUUACGAUUAAUAUGCUUGGGUUAGAGACCAUCUAAUUUAAGUGCUUUAAGGCUUCAUUUGUAUAACUUGGAACAAUCAAAUUGUUUGAUCAAUUUUUUGAAUAGAUUGGUGCUAAAUUCGUGUGUUAAGUUUACAUGGAAGACGAGAUACGAGACGGGAGAUCCAAUGAGAUGAGAUGAGAUGAGAUGAGAAAAAUAAGCGACAGGCGAACAAAAUAUACAACAACUAUAUUUAAAUCUAUCUUAUAUUAUAACGAAUACAUGUAUGUAAAAAUCAAAAAUGGAAUCUUCUCUAAAUCUAAAGCUCUUCACUGAUUGUUGAAUUUAUAUAGAAAAUUUUGUAAAUUUUAUUAGUAUGACAAAGGAAAGAAAAAUAUUAAAAGUAGAGGCAGCUGUUUCCAUUUCGUUGAGACCAAGACGGCUGCCGUUUUAUGCUCCAUGUGUACCUUUCGCUUAUUAAAUUAGAAUAUCGAAAUCAAUAUAGAUCUACGUACGUACAUUUUUAGACUACGAUUUGCAAUAUCUUAGAAGACACGCAACUUGAAACGCUAGCAAUUUCCCAUCCCCAUUCUAUUCUAUAUCCCCCGAAAAGCACCCACUCCCAUACACCCCGCCUAUAUAUAAUUUCGAUCCAAAGCACAAGUCCCCCGAUAAAUCUCUGUGUUAAUUUUUGUAAACCAGUGCGCAUAAUGGAACCUUGUGAAUGUAGCAUUAAAAUACAAUGAGAACAAGAACAACAGAAUUUUAAUUACAUUAUUAAAGUAUACCUAACUAUUAUAUAAAUAAAUAUAUAAUAAAUAUAUAGAUACAAUUUUUUACCUACUGUAGCUUUGAUUACAUUUUUCAAUGAUGUGUCAAAUUUUAAAUGGUAUUAACGAUAGUGCAUAAUACUCUACGCAGCCAGAAAGUAAAACAUGCUGAUCGACAGAUGCCGACUUCCUGCGAUCGCCACUAAUCGCUCUACUCGAAUACAGUGCAAAAAAAAGA